UUACUUUAUCCAACCUCCAGUGCUUGGUACAAAAAUCUGCCAUUGAUGGGAGGAGUGUUCCUAUAGAAAGCAGGUAGUUGCAGUGUUUAAACAGUAGAGCUUUUCAGAAGGAAAAUUUUCUCUGCAGCAGAAACAUGGUAAAAGCUAAGGCCUGGACACUUCGGAAACAUUUUGACGGCUUUCCGAAGGAGAGUGACUUCGAGCUGAAAGAGGAGACGUUACCCGAGUUACAAAAUGGAGAGGUCUUACUGGAGGCUGUGUUCCUUAGCCUGGAUCCAUAUAUGAGAGCUGUGAGUUCAGCCUUAAUGAAAGAAGGUGAUGUGAUGAUUGGAGCUCAGGUUGCCAAGAUUCUUCAAAGCAAGAACCCAGCAUUUCCUGUGGGCUGUUACGUGGUCGCUCCAGGUGGAUGGAGGACACACAGCGUGACCAAUGGCAAAGCCAUUUUUAGCCUUGACAUGUCACGGAUUCUUCCUGAUUGGCCUAAAGAUGUUCCUCUUUCCUUGGCUGUUGGUGCACUGGGGAUGACUGGUUUGACUGCCCUGUAUGGCCUAGAGGAGAUUCUGCAGGCAAAGCCUGGUGAGAUAGUGCUGGUCAGUGCCGCAGCCGGUGCAGUCGGCACCAUGGUGGGCCAGAUUUGUAAGAUUAAAGGCUGUAAAGUGGUGGGUUCAGCUGGGAGUGAGGAAAAAAUUGCCUACCUGAAGGAGCUGGGCUUUGACCAUGUUUUCAACUACAAGACCGCAAAAUCUCUGGAUGAGGCACUGAAGCAAGCUUCACCUGAAGGAUACGACUGCUACUUCGAGAAUGUCGGCGGUGCUUUCUUCACUGCAGCACUUAAUCAGAUGAGGCCUCGAGGACGUAUUGCAGUGUGUGGUGCAAUAUCUCUGUACAACUCCACCACACCUCAGACGUGUCCUUUUCCUCACAUGGCCCUGGUGGCUAAAAGCAUAAGGAUAGAGGGAUUCCAAGUCAGUCAGUGGCCUGAGAAAGAUGAGGCAUCUGUCAGAAGACUGCUUACAUGGCUGAAAGAGGGGAAAAUUAAGGCCAAGGAAAAUGUUACAGUGGGCUUUGAGAAGAUGCCUGCUGCCUUCCUCCAGAUGCUGAAGGGAACAGAACUGGGAAAAGCUGUUGUUAAAGUGUAAUGACUUUGCUGUGACUUUGCAAUAUCAUAUAUAGAAAAUUCAAUGCAUGUUUGCUGUUAACAGGUUUACUAAGCAAUAAACAAUGCAAGUUUAUGAUUUUUUCCUCUGGUGCGUUACCCUCAAGAAAUAUUUUUCAUAAAUAUAAAGCAGGAAGCAUGGUCCAUGGCUGGUUCAUUCCUGAGCUCUGUGUGGAGUUCUCUGUGUAUCUGUGUGGACUUCCUCUCAUCUCUGAAAAACAUAAUAUAAGAAUUGGCUAUUCUCAGUUACCCCUAGAUGUACAUGAGUGUGCAAAUAGAUGUAUUGUAUCCAGUGAUGGACUGGAUUCCCAUCCCUGGCAUAUUCCCAACUCACACCUUCUGGUCCAGGCUUCAGAUCCACCGCCACAACAACGAUAAAGCUGAAUAAAAUCCUUUUAUUUCUU